AUGAAUUUCUCACAGGAUCGGUUCGAUGCGGAGGCGUACGCGGAAGAGCAGAUGGAGGAGAACGACGAAUGGGAGGUGAGGCGGCUGGCACAGGAGCUGAUGGAGUUCAGGCGAGUGUCGGCAGAGGAGAUGCGGCGGAGCGUGUAUGCCAACUACCCUGCCUUCAUACGGCGAGUGUCGGCAGAGGAGAUGCGGCGGAGCGUGUAUGCCACCUACCCCGCCUUCAUACGGUCAGUCUCUCACUCCUCUCCUCCCCGCAUCCGCAUGCCAAAGACACUCCUUUCACCUGGGCUGGUCACUGCUUCAAACGCGGAGAUUGUAUAUCAAGUAUCCUCUCAUACGAGUUCAGGCGAGUGUCUGUCAGAAGAGGAGACGCGGCAGAGCGUGUAUGCCAACUACCCCGCCUUCAUACGCUCAAGACGCCUCAAAGAGGCGCAAGGGCGUGCAUACCAACUAUCCUGCCUUCAUACGGUCAGUGCAAGAGCCACCCCUCUUCCUCCGACCCACUCCCCCGCCCCUCUCCAUCCCCACGCACCACCCCCCCCCCCUCACCCCCUCCCCCCUCCCUCCCUUCCCUCCCCACCCCCUCCCCCCAUCCCCCUCCUACCCCGGCUCCUUGAACAGCAUCCCCACCCUUCCUCCUCUCACUCCUCCCCCUUUCCCACCCUUCCCCCCACCAGCACCUCCAAGCAGAUCUCGGCCUUUCAGGUGCAGCUGAAGCGCAUGCGCGAGAUGCUGACGCUCAACCCCGCCCUAAUCCACUCCCUAUCCGCCUGUUCCCCUCGUUCCUCCCCGCCGCUCCCCCACCCUUCCCUUCAACAACAGCACCUCCAAGCAGAUCUCGGCCUUUCAGGUGCAGCUGAAGCGAAUGCGGGAGAUGCUGACGCUCAACACGGCGCUCAUCCACUCACUGGCGGAGAAGGGCAGCUGCCAGAGCCGCACCAUCGCGCUCUCCCUCUUCGCCCACUCCUCGCCGCACCACAGCAGACGCAGGUUUGGGCUGCUGGGAGUGGGGUUAUGGUGAAGGAUGGGGAGGGGGGAGGGGAGGUGAGGCUGAGGAGGAGGAGGACGAGGGGGAGGGAUGGGGAGGGGGAGGAGGAGGAAGAGGAGGAGGAUGGGAUGGAGGAGGGGUGGGAUGAGGAGGAGAGGGAGCCGACGGAGAUGGAGCGGUAUGCGGAGGCGUUACCGGAUGUACUGGAUGGGCUUAUAACGGAGCAGAAGAUUGAUCAGGCGAUUGAGCUGCUGGAGCAGGGGCAGCAGAUGGCGCAGCUCUCGUUACAGUCACAUGAGCGGAGGAGGAACAAGGAGGGGGAGUUUGCUGAAGGGGAAGCGGGAGAGGGUGGUGGAGAAGGGGAGGGAGGGGAGGAGGGUGAGGAGAGAGGAAAAGUGUGGGAUGGAAAGGGUGGUGGGGAGGAGAGGGAAUUAGGGCACGUGGAAAGGUGGUUGCGAGAGGAGGAUGGGGGAGGGGAAGGGGAAGAGGAGGGGGAGGAGGCGGAAGAGGAGGAAAAGGAGGAGGGGGAGGGGGAGCACAGAGAGCAACGGAGAGCAGGGUCAGAGCAGGGUUGGGAUGAGAUGCCUCUCACAAAGAGGUCUCUUACUGGGGGAACGCGUAGAGAGGAGUGGGGGUAUGUGUAUGAAAGCGUGGGGAAGGGGAGCAGUGUGGAUGGUGCGCCCAUAGGAGGAGGGGGCUUGAGAGGCAGCUUGAAAGAGAGCUUGAAAGCGGGCUUAAAAGGGGGCUUGAAAACAGGGCCUCGAGCGAGGAGUGUGGAGGAGAACGUGGGGAAUGCAGGGUUGGCGGGCGAGAGGUUAGGGAAUGGGGAUGUGGAGGAGAGCUCACGGCAAGGGGGUAGCUUUCAGGGCAGGAGGCGGAACGCUGCAAAAGCGUCUGCAGCAGCUGCUGCUGCUAGAGCUGUUGAGGCGGCAGCAGAGGGAAGGGAAGGGGAAGGAGCAGAGGGGAGGAAAGAAAGGGCUGAAGUCUUGAAUAAGAGGAUCAUUUCUAACAAUAAACAGCAGAGUGUAAAGGGCGGAAACCCCCCUCAGAAAUUAUCCAGCCAAGGAGGAGAGCACCAGAAAGGAGACACCCAGGGCACGGCUGAAGCCACAGCCACAGGUGGUGAUAAUAAAAAUACUGACAGCACUGUCGUUCCGGGCGGCAGUGAACUCGUUCCGGGCAGCGAUAUUAUCCCUGAAACCGGACCUCCGGCCGGCGGCGCUCCAGCGACCGAGCUUCUAAGCGAGCCGGCCGCGCUGGCGCUGUCAGCAGCAAUAGCAGAGCGCCACGUGGUGCUGGUUGCUGAGCUGGAGCGCACAGCAAAGCACUCGGACGUGCUGGGGGAGGAGCUGCGGUUUGCGGUUACCGGGUUGAUGCGGCUGGGGGAGCUGGAGCUGGCGCACCAGCUGCUGCUGGGUGCGUAUGGGGAGCGGAUCAGACGGAGUGCCCGGUCGCUGCAUCGGUCUGCAACUGGGUUUGGCGGGUCGUACACUGCUGCUCUUUCUCAGAUCGUCUUUUCCGCCAUAGCCCAGGCCACAGCCGAUUCAGCCAUAAUAUUCGCCGACCAACCAGCCUGCUCCGCGGAUCUCCUCCUGUGGGCCCGCCGCGAGGUCACCUUCGCCUUCUCCCUCCUCCGCCGCAACAUCCUCUGCUCCGCCGCCUCCCCGGGCGGCCUCCACGCCGCCUCCGAGUGUGUCUGCAUCUCCCUCGGCCACGCGCGCUUACUCGAACCCCAGGGGAUUUGUCUCGCUCCUAUGCUGGGGGAGCUCAUGCGUCCCAGUGUUAUGGAGGCUCUGGAGUUUAAUAUCCUGAGGAUAGAGGAUGCGGUGGUGUCAGUGGCUACGACCGAUGAGUGGCGGUUGGAAGCGGUUGACUUGGGUGCGCCGGCGCUGAUGAGAUUGAGGGGGUGGGGCGGCGUGCUGGGGCUAGGCGGGUUGAGGAUUAGGCUGACGCCGAGUGCUCAGCGGUUCUACUUGCUGCUCGUGGACCUGGUCGAGGAUAUACUCCCUGUAAUCAGCCUCCAUUUAUUGGAUAAGGUUCUUGAUGCCAUCGCAACGCAGUUCGAGUGUUUCGCUAGCCUCAUGGAGCUGGCGCUACCUGAGAUUCCACCUGACGCCACCCUGCCCCCGGCACCUGGCUCUGUUGGUGCUCGGGCACAGAGGCGGAGGCGAGAAAGGGCGCAGCAGUUGGUGGAGGGGGGAGGGGACGAGGGGUGGAAAGGAGGGGGAGUGCGAGGGCAAAUGGGAGGGGUGAGUGGGAGUGGGAAUGGGGAGGGUGUGAUUGUGUCAGACGGAAUUGAAGGGGAUGUGAUGGGAGGGGAAGAGGGAGGGAACGCAGGGGAGGAGAGAGGGAAGGAAGGGGGCAAGAGAGGAAGGGAGGCAGGGGAGAGGAACGGGGAGGUAGAGGGGGAGGAGGAGGAAUGGGAAGAGGGGUCCAUAUCACGGAGCGCGAGUCAGCAGAGGCUGUCAAAUGGCGACAGUGCUAGCGCUGCUGCUGCUGCUACUGCUGCCGCUGCCGCUGCUGCUGCUGGGGCUUUAGGUGCUGCUGUUCUUGCUACUGGUGAUCAAGAGGACGACACAAUCGACCACAGUAACCCGCUUCUGGACCCUCCAGCAAACAGCUGGCACGUGUACCAUGUUCAGGAGGCAGAGACAGAGGCGCAGCAGCUGGCUGUGCUGGGGAAUGUAGCUGCUCUGGCCGAUGAGCUGCUUCCCAGGCUAGCAGUGAGGCUGACUAUAGCGGAUAUAGAGGAUGAGGAAGGGUUGGGGUAUUUGGGGGAGGAGGAGGAGGAGGAGGAGGGUGAGGAGGGUGGGAGGGGUGGGGAGGGAGAUGAAGGGGAGGGUAAGGGGGAGGGUGGGGGGGAGGUGGAAGGCGCUCCACCCUUCCUUGCCCCACAUACAUUCGCCCACCCUCCCUCUUCCCCCCAUCUGCCCACAGCAACCUGGCGAAGCAGAGGCACGGAUCCCAACCUGGCGAAGCAGAAGGUGUGGAGGGCGAGAAUCCAAAGGGCAGCGCGGAGGAUUCGGGAGAUCUUCUGUGCGUCGCUGUGGGGCGGGUUUGUGUUCAGCGAGAGUGGGGAGCGCGUGCUGUGUGCAGACGAGUACGUGGGCAUGGAUGAUUGCACCAAGCUGCAGCAGUGGAUGAUGCACCCCCUGCCAUCGCCGCCCUUCCAGGCACUUUUCCUCACAGUGAAUGCCGUGCAAUCAAGCCUAGAGCGCGUGCUGAGGGGGCAGGAAGGCAUGCACAGGAGGCUGCUGAGACGAGUCAUGGAGUGGCUGCUGUCGGGUCUGCUUAUAGAGAGUACAAUGUGGGAAGACAUUCAGGCUGCUGACCCACCCCUUGGGCCCAUCGGCCUGCACCAGCUCGUGUUUGACAUGUAUUUCGUGGUGCAAGCUGCUCACAGCGGCAAGACCUCCUCUCCGCUCAUUCGGGGGUUGGCAGAGGAUGCCGCCACGCGGGCGAUCGUGGCUUACAGUGCACGCACAGGGGAGGACCCCAAGAGGCUAGUGGAGGAGGACUGGUGGUAUCAGCACAAGUGCCAGACAGUACUAGAUGAGCUCAAAGAAGCAGCAAGCCAGCCCACCAGCCCCACCGCAGCAUCUGCCUCCACCACCACUCCCUCAACGUUUGUCUCCGACUCGCCGUUUUCGUGGCUUCACAGCAACAGCAUCAAGGGCAAUGGGGACGGUGACAGGGGCGCGGGGAUGCCAGAGCUCAAGGUAAUCAAGCGGUCGGUCGUUUCGUUCUCCGGCAUGAGGGCUGCGCCUCCGCCCAUUAGAGACGCCCGUAGCUACACCACACUGUGA